AUGCUUAUCAACCGGAUUUCGCCGAGAAGAGCUUUGAUCUACGGCCGGAGAUUGUUCCGUCCUUCCCAUUCCCAGAGUUUCUCUUCUGCCUCCUCCUCCGCUUACUAUUCCUCUCUUUCGCGAUCGGUCCUAUCCGCUAAAGCUAAUUCUCGCAUAGAUUUCAAUUUUAAGCAUGUUAAGGGAUAUUGCUUUUCUGCUCCUCCUGUUUUGAACGUUCGUGUGGGGAACAUAGUUGAAAUCCCUUUGGCACAGACUGGGGAAGGUAUUGCAGAAUGUGAACUUCUCAAGUGGUAUGUUCAAGAGGGUGAUUUUGUUGAAGAUUUUCAACCACUGUGCGAGGUUCAAAGUGAUAAAGCUACUAUAGAAAUCACGAGUCGGUAUAAAGGAAAAGUUUGUAAUAUUCUUCAUGUUCCUGGUGACAUUGUAAAGGUUGGAGCAACCCUUUUGAAGAUAUUAAUUGAUGAGCCUGCAUGUUCUUCAACGAGUCUUGGUGCCUCAGAAAAUGCAAAGUCAUCUGAUUCUGAUUCUGACCAGAUAUCUGUCGAUGAAUCUGCAUUUACUACAGGAAAUUUAGCCGACUCAGAAAAUGUAAAGCAACUAAAUUCUGAUAACGGAAAGGGGAAACAAGCUGGAGUUCUAUCAACACCUGCUGUAAGGAAUCUAGCAAAGGAGCAUGGUAUAGAUAUAAAUGAUGUGUGUGGAACUGGAAGAGAUGGAAGGGUUUUAAAAGAAGAUGUGCUCAAAUUUGCUGUCAACAAAGGAAUCAGUAAAACUCCAUCUGCAGUUUUGCAUGCCGAUUUUGUAGAACAGCUCGAUGGAGCAGAAGAACGUGGCUGUGAUGCGAGAAAAAAAUAUGAUAAGCCUUCUGAGGACACGAUACUCCCCCUCAGGGGAUUCCAAAGAGCGAUGGUAAAAUCAAUGUCUCUGGCUGCCAAAGUCCCACAUUUUCAUUAUGUAGACGAGAUAAUCUGUGAUGCCCUAGUGGAGCUUAAAACUUCUUUUCAAAAGAAUAAUCCUUAUCCAGAUGUCAAGCACACUUUCCUUCCAAUGCUAAUCAAGUCACUAUCAAUGGCCCUCAUCAAGUAUCCCUCUGUGAACAGCUGCUUCAAAGAGGAUGCAUUUGAAGUCAUACUCAAAGGUUCGCAUAACAUCGGAAUCGCCAUGGCAACACCACAUGGUUUAGUUGUGCCAAAUAUAAAAAAUGUUCAGUCUCUUUCCAUAUUGGAGAUAACCAAAGAGCUAGCAAGGUUGCAACAAUUGGCUUCAGAUAACAAAUUAACUUCUGAGGACAUAUCUGGUGGGACAAUUACUUUGAGCAACAUUGGAGCAAUUGGCGGAAAAUUUGGUUCCCCGCUUCUUAAUCUUCCUGAAGUCUCCAUUAUUGCCAUGGGUCGAAUUCAGAAACUUCCGCGAUUUACUGAAGACGGAAAUGUGUAUCCCGCAUCACUCAUGACGGUUAAUAUUGGUGCAGAUCAUAGAGUUUUGGAUGGAGCAACUGUUGCAAGAUUUUGCAACGAGUGGAAAAAAUUAAUUGAAAAUCCGGAGUUACUAAUGUUGCAUUUGAGAUGA